AUGGGCAACGUGUGCGCCACUCCAUCUCCGGCAGAGUGGCGCGCAAACGAGAAAUUUCCCUUCCGCGAGAUGGGAGGGACGGGAAAGAAGACAUUCUCUGUCAGAAGAGAGGCCGGAGUGUGGAGGUGGAUUAGUCGUCGUCCUCGAGAUGAGGUGGAGCGUGAGCUUGAAAUGAUUGUGAUGUGCGAAGUGGACAUCUGCCAUCAUAGUCCGGAAGAGACUGCGGCCGAGACAGACACAAUACCCGGUAAUGACAUCUUGCCAGCCUUGGGAACUGAAUCCAGCCUGGGAUUGUAUGUAGUAUCUCCCAUUUUGAGACCGAUACGCCUGGGUACACCCUCACCGCCGGAGUCCCGAAUACCCCGCUUCCAUCCACGCACUCGAACCCCACCUACGUCGAAGUCCUCUGGCUACUUCUUCUGUUCCAAUGGGGUAAUCUCGGAUCUGAAGUUCGGGAAUAAGCCCAAUGCGACGAAGAGGGUCGAGAAGCCCAAUACAACGAAGAGGGUCGAGAAGUUCAAUACAGGGAAGAGGGUUGAGAAGCCCAAUACGGCGAAGAGGAAUGAGAAUCCCAAAGCGGAUUCAGAUCGUGAAGAAUCUUCAAUCGCCAUCAAUUCAACAGUCGAUGACGACGCCUCCCUCUCUUCUUCAUCCAGCAGCAGCAGCGCUGGUCCACCGCCUCAAGACCCGGAGAAAGGAAUGCCCCUAGCCCCAUUCGCAGCAUCUUUAUUCGCACUUCGUGGAGAAGCCGGAGGUUUAACUCGACAAACUUGGUCAAAGAAGGCCGAUUUCCUUCUCUCCAUCAUUGGAUUCGCUGUCGACCUUGCCAACGUCUGGAGAUUCCCAUUCCUCUGCUACAGAAACGGCGGGGGUGCCUUCCUUAUUCCUUACAUGUUGAUGUUGGUCUUCGGUGCGAUGCCACUCUUCUACAUGGAGCUCGUCCUCGGCCAAUACAAUCGUCAGGGACCAAUUUCAGUAUGGAAAAUCUGUCCGAUCCUCAAAGCCAAGGAUGUCGCUUUCUCAUGUUUUAAGAAUCACAUGAAGCAACUCUUGGCAAAGAGCAAGGAACAGAUCGACGAUCGCAAUCGAGCGACUGAGCUGGGAGUGAAUCUGCACCAGUAUCGCUUAUCAAUCCUCUCACAGUUAGAACAGGAAGCCACGACGGUCAUAUCCCCUGAGAAAUGUCACCAAUAG